AGAUCAUUGCUGCAACAUCUCUCAGUUGUCAAAUAAGUUUCAAGAUGAAGAGCUUAGCAGUUGUUUGCCUCUUGGCUUUGUUUGUGUUCGCGGCCGCUCGCCCCGACGUCUACACCGACAAGUACGACAACGUGGACCUCGACGAGAUCCUGGAGAACAAGCGUCUGUUCACUCCUUACGUCAAGUGUAUCCUGGACCAAGGGAAAUGCUCACCGGACGGCAAGGAACUUAAAUCUCAUAUCAAGGAAGCUCUUGAGAACUACUGCGCCAAAUGUACCGAGAAACAGAAACAAGGAACAAGAACAGUCAUUCGACACCUUAUUAAGAAUGAAUCUGACUUCUGGCAAGAGUUGGUGAAUAAAUAUGAUCCUGCUAAGAAAUAUGUUAGUAAAUAUGAGAACGAACUGAAAACUAUUACUGUUUAGGCAAUAUAUAUUUAUGUAGA